GUCUCGCUCACUCCCUGAAUGCCUGAAUGCCUGAGGUAUCACGAUGGCGGUUGUCACGAACGGACUGUCACCACCCCCGCCAUUCCGCCCUGCAGAAAAAUUUCCAGAAAAGAGGGGAUCAUCAUCAUCCAAACCAUCCCACAUUGAGUGCCCCGUGUUUGCUCCUCUCCUAUCAAUCUGGUCCCCGCUUGACCGGUAGACUCGGCGUCUCUUUACGCUAUCAAUUACAUCUGGAUUUUGGUUUGGAUUUUCUUCUCUCGCUCAACAGCCAUGUCCGCACAAGACUCCGCCACGGGCAAUGCCCCUCCCUCUGCGGUCACCAAUGCCGUGUUGGUCGCCUCGGAACCCGUGCCUGAGGGGACACACCAGGUCAGCGGCGUCGACUUUGACCGGUUCCAAGGCCGGGACAUCACGGUCGCCGAGAUGGUGGACAACAUGAAAUACACCGGGUUUCAGGGCAGUGCGGUCGCGGAAGCCGCCCGCAUCAUCAACGAGAUGCAAGCCUACCGUCAUCCGGAGUCCGGCGAGAAGACGACCAUCUUUCUCGGAUACACCUCCAACCUCAUCUCCUCCGGCCUUCGAGACACCAUCCGCUACCUGGUCCGCAACCGGCACGUCUCCGCCAUUGUCACCACGGCCGGCGGAGUGGAGGAAGACCUCAUCAAAUGCUUGGCUCCCACCUACAUGGGCUCCUUUACCGCCCCGGGCGCUGGGCUGCGUGCCAAAGGAUUGAACCGCAUCGGCAACCUUAUCGUCCCGAACAGCAACUACUGUGCAUUCGAAGAUUGGUUGAUCCCCAUCCUGGAUAAGAUGCUGGAGGAACAGGAGGCCGCCAAGAAGAAGGCACUGGAGACUGGCGAUGAGGAGGACGAGUUGCAUUGGACCCCCAGCAAGAUCAUUGAACGUCUCGGCCGCGAAAUCAACCACGAGGACUCGGUUUUGUACUGGGCUGCUCGGAACAACAUCCCGAUCUUUUGUCCCGCCCUGACCGACGGCUCCCUGGGCGAUAUGCUCUACUUCCACACCUACCGCUCCUCCCCGCAACGGCUGCGGGUCGAUAUUGUCGACGAUGUGCGCCGUAUCAACACCAUGGCUGUCCGGGCCGCCCGGGCCGGCAUGAUCAUUCUGGGUGGCGGGGUCAUCAAACACCACAUUGCCAACGCCUGUCUGAUGCGCAACGGAGCCGAGCAUGCCGUGUACAUCAAUACGGGGCAGGAGUUUGACGGCAGCGAUGCGGGGGCCCGGCCGGAUGAGGCUGUCAGCUGGGGUAAGAUCAAAGCCGACGCCAAGGCCGUCAAGGUCUAUGCAGAAGCCACAGUGGUCUUCCCGCUCAUUGUUGCGGCCUCGUUUGCCCGAGCCAGUCAGGCGACCCCCGACAGUGAAACGUCUCAGAACUGAGGGCGAUGUUGGAGGUCAUCACUCCGAUCGGGGGUACUCUCUGCUAUCUGUCCAACUCCAAUCCCUCCACCUCUCGCAAUGCCUCCUAUCAGCUCGGAUAAAAUAAAAAUCAAUUGGUUUCCUUGCCCGACGCCUGCCGAGUCUACCGAUCGUGAGAGCUUCCCCUUUGGCGACAGCUCGGGCCGUUUGGUUGACAGAGGGGCAGCGACAUGGGCGGGCCCAGGCGUGGCAGGCACGCGAAAGCCGCCCCACCAUCCCCUCGAGUUGGGAGGCAAAUCGGAGGGCUUGGUUCCGAUUCAAAAAGCAAAGCACGCAAGAGGGGCCACCCCCCUGGGAUCAAUUCUACACGGAGAAGAGCCCUUCCCCUUUGAAGAGCCGAAAACCCGGAACCCACUGGCUGUGAAACCUCGGAAGAGGCAAAGUUUGGAUGGACGAACGAUGGUUGAUGGCAAAUCAUGGGGGAGAGAAAGAGAAGUUGUUGACUGGAUUGCCGGGGGUUGUUCCACCGGUCGAUCAUUGCGGUCGGCACGGGGUUUUGCAUGCAAUAAGGUUUCAUCCUCCGACUCGCCUUGCCACCUGGUGGUCCAUUCAAGCAAACCGCCAUCAAUGGCUGUUGAGAGGAGAACAGGAAGACAUGUACAUGGGGGAAGGUAGGGAGGUAUGGAGGUAUGGUAUAGAUUAGGUGCUUUUUUUCUUGUGUGCAUAUAGAGUGAUGCCAAUGAUUAAUGAGAUUACGAGCUCCGAAGAGGG